AUGAACAGAGAGGAAGACAAGAAGGAGAGCGGGGGAGAGAGAGCAACUCUCUGUUUGGGUCUCUACAGCAGCGGCAGCCGCAGCAGCAGGACUUUGCUGCAGCAGCAGCAGCAGCAGCAGCUGCUGCUGCUGCUGCUGCUGCACGCCCCCCUCUUGCUAUGGGGGCCCCUCUGUCUCCUCCACCGGGGGCCCCCAAUCUCCCUCCUCGUGCUGCAGCAGCAGCAGCAGCUGCUGCUGCUGUUUGGGUCUCUACCGCAGCGGCAGCCGCAGCAGCAGGACUUUGCUGCUCUCUGUUUGGGUCUCUACCGCAGCGGCAGCCGCAGCAGCAGGACUUUGCUGCUGCAGCAGCAGCAGCAAGACAGAUCCAGCAGCAGACAACCAAUACACCUCAGCAAGAAGAGAGCAGCAAACCCUAACUGGCUGCUGCAGCGCAGCACUGCGAGUGAGCAGCAGCAGCAGCAGCAGCAGCAACAGCAGCAGCAGCAGAGGCGACUGCAGCAGCAAGAGCAGCAGCCCACACUGCAGCAGCAGAAGCAACAGCCUACGGUUCAGCCGCAGCAACGCCGGCAGCAGCAGCAGCAGCAGCAGCAGCAGCAGCAGCAGCAGCAUCGGCAGCACCAGCACCAGUCAGCCACUCAACCGAAGCAGCAGCCGCUGCUGCAGCAACCGCUGCUGCAGCAGCAGCAAUGGCCUGAGCGGCAGCAAUCAUGGACAGACCAGCGUCAGCAGCAGCAGCAGCAGCAGCAAUGGCGGCAGCGACAGCAGCAACCGCAGCAACAGCAGCAACCGCAGCAGCAGCAGCAGUGGCCUGAACGCAGCAGCAGCAGCAGCAGCAGCAGCAGCAGCAGCACUGGCAUCAGCGUCAGCAGCAGCAGCAGCCGUGGGCCGAUCAGCAGCAGCAGCAACAGCAGCGGCAGCAGCAGCAGCAGCAGCAAUGGCCUCAGAGACAGCAGCAGCAACCGCAGCAGUGGGCAGAACAGCAGCAGAAGCAGCAGCCGCAGCAGCAGCAGUGGCCUGAACGGCGACGGCAGCAGCAGCAAUGGCCUGAGCCGCAGCAGCAGCAGCAGCAGCAGCAGCAGCAGCAGCGGCUGGCAUCCACAGCAGCAGCAGCAGCAGCCGCCGCAGCAGCAGCAGCCGCAGCAGCAGCAAUGGCCUGAGCGGCGACGGCAGCAGCAGCAGCAGCAGCAGCAGCCUCAGCAGCAGCAACCGCAGCAGUGGCCCGCGCUCCUGCAGCAGCAACGACAGCAGCAGCAGCGCCCUGAGCAGCAGCAGCAGCAGCAGCAGCAGCAGCAGCAGCAGUGGGAUUCGCGGCGCCGGCAGCAGCAGCAGCUGCCACUGCCGCAGCAGCAGCAGCAGCAGCAGCAGCACUUGGUGCGGCAGUGGCCUGAGCCGGUGCAACAGCAGCAGCUGCAGCAGCAGCAUCCGCAGCAACAGCAGCAGCUGCAGCAGCUGCAGCAGCAGCCGCUGCUGCAAUGGAAUGAGCAGCAGCAGCGGCAACAGCAACGGCGUGCGCCUCAGCAGCAGCAGUGGCAGCAGCAGCAGCAGCAGCAGCAGCAGCAGCAGCAGCAACAGCAACAGCAGCAGCACUCAGCUGCAGCAACAGAGAGGCGUGGGGAGCAGUGGCAGCAAGCGCAGCAACGUUCCCUAGGCUACAGACAGCAGCAGCAGCAGCAGCAGCAGCAGCAGCACCAGCAGCAGCGGCAGCAGCAGCAGCAGCGGCAGCAGCAGCAAAUUUCGCCUCAGGCCCAAAGUGUGGGGGGGGGUGGUGCGCAGCAGCAGCAGCAACAGCAGCAGCAGCAGCAGCUGCAGCAGCAGCAGCAGCAGCACUCAGCUGCAGCAACAGAGAGGCGUGGGGAGCAGUGGCAGCAAGCGCAGCAACGUUCUCUAGGCUACAGACAGCAGCAGCAGCAACAGCAGCAGCAGCGGCAGCAGCAGCAGCAGCGGCAGCAGCAGCAGCAGCAAAUUUCGCCUCAGGCCCAAAGUGUGGGCUGGGGAGACCCCCGUCAGCAGCAGCAGCAGCAGCAGCAGCAGCAGCAGCAGCUGCUGCAGCUGCAGCAGCAGCAGAUGCACGGCAUGCAGCAGCACAUGCAGGCGCAACAGCAGCAGCAACUGCAGCAGCAGCAUCAACUGCAGCAGCAGCAGCAACUGCAGCAGCAGCAGCAGCUGCAGCAGCAGCAGCAGUUCCUAGCUCAGCAGCUCGUGCAGCUGCUGCAGCAAGUGCAGCAGCAGCAGCAACAAGUGCAGCAGCAGCAGCAAGUGCAGCAGCAGCAGGGCUACACCAGCAACCCGCAGAGUCUGCUGCAGCAGCAAAACCACCAGCAGCUGCAGCAGCACAUGCAGCAGCAGCAGCAGCAGCAGCCACAAUACUAUGGGAUGCAGCAGCAGCUGCAGCACCAGCAGCAGCAGCAGCAGCAGCAGCAGCUGCAGCAGCCUUACAACAUACAGCAGCAACAGCCCUAUAACAUGCAGCAAGCUUUCAAUCCGCAGCAGCAGCAGCAGCAGCAGCAGCAGCAGCAGCAGCACUCUUAUUAUGCUAUGCAGCAGCUGCAGCAGCAGCAGCAGCAGCAGCCGUACAGCAACGUGCAGCAGCAGCAGUUCGCAAUGCAGCAGCACUACCGCUGA